AUCAAUAGAUUUUCGUUUCAAUAGGGAGUGAACUGUGCGACGUCGUGUUUGUAGAAAUGGCUACCACUCCAGAACCACAUGGACGGUGAUAAAGCGAUUAAAAUACAGAUGAUCACGUGCGCGUUGGGACACUGAAUUAUUGUCAUUUUUUGAACAAUUUGGCUUUCAUGGCUGGUGCCUCCCUCCUUCCUCCCAGUUUUAAGCCACACUCAUAGGGAAAGAAAUCUUUCUCUCACAGUACAAAACAGAAGAUAAACAGAAAAACAAGAGAGAGAAGGAAGAAGAAGAAGAAGAAGAGGAAGACAUUGGGAAAAUGGGCAAAGGAGGAGAGAUGAGAGAGAACAAGCAUGAGCAUCAGGAGGAGGAGGGAGUAAUGGCUACAGACUUCUUCUGGUCGUAUACAGAUGAGCCUCAUGCUUCCAGGAGAAAACAGAUCCUCUCUCAAUACCCUCAAAUCAAGGAACUCUUUGGCCCUGACCCCUUGGCUUUCCUCAAGGUUACAGUGGUGGUUUUGCUUCAGCUUUGGACAGCCACAUUACUUCAUGAUGCUGGCUGGCUUAAGAUAUUGGCCAUAGCCUAUUGCUUUGGCUCUUUUCUCAACCACAAUCUUUUCUUAGCCAUCCAUGAACUAAGUCACAAUCUUGCUUUCUCAAGGCCUGUAUGCAACCGGUGGCUUGGGAUUUUUGCUAACCUACCCAUCGGUGUACCCAUGUCCGUAACCUUCCAAAAGUAUCAUCUUGAACACCAUCGCUUCCAAGGAGUAGAUGGGAUUGAUAUGGACAUACCAAGCAAUGUUGAAGGCCAUCUCGUGACGAAUGUUGUUGCAAAAUCUAUAUGGGUCAUCUUCCAACUCUUCUUCUAUGCACUGAGGCCUCUGUUUCUCAAACCUAAGCCCCCUGGCUAUUGGGAAUUCAUCAACGUUUUUGUUCAGAUAGCUCUGGAUGCGGCCAUGGUUUAUCUUUGGGGCUGGAGAUCUUUUGCUUAUUUGAUCCUUUCCACAUUUGUUGGAGGUGGGAUGCACCCCAUGGCUGGCCAUUUCAUCUCAGAACAUUAUGUCUUCAAGCCAGAGCAAGAAACUUAUUCCUAUUAUGGGCCGUUGAAUUUUCUGACUUGGCAUGUGGGGUACCACAAUGAGCACCAUGAUUUCCCAAGGAUCCCUGGUAGCAAGCUAUACAAGGUGAAGGAAAUUGCACCAGAAUAUUAUGAAGGCUUAGACUGCUACAAAUCAUGGAGCCAAGUCAUAUAUAUGUAUAUUAUGGACAGAACAGUUGGGCCCUACAGCCGAAUGAAGAGAAAGGUGUCAACUGCCACUAAGAAAUCUGAAUAGUUGCUUCCCAUCUUUGUCUUUUAGUUUUAGUUUUUUCCCUCAUCCUCUUGUUGUCAAUGGGAUACUAAAAACAAUCUACAGUCUGUAAAAAUUUUGAAUUUUUUUAAUUAUAGUUUUUAACAUUUGAGUUGUUA